AAAGCAAGAACAUCAGACAUGAUGGCGGUUGCCCAUAUUACGUUGCUUCAUUUACUUGCUCUUAUAUUGUGGAUACAUCCAACUUUAGGAGAGGAAAUUGAUCAGACAAAACGCGUUCUACUCCACGCAAAUGACGACAUUGCGGCGGCUGUGCAGUUGCUGACCACUCAAAACAAUCAACUGACCGCUGCGGUUAACCACCUGACCACUCAAGUCAACCAGCAGAGCACGGACAUUGCUAGCUUACAAUCAAUGAUAGGAUCUUCAAGCAAAGAUGGAGGUGCCGUGUACGUGAGAUGGGGACGAACUACAUGCCCGACAAAUGGAACUGAUCUGGUGUACACGGGUUACACUGCAGGAAAUAGCUAUAAUCAGGGCGGUGCUGCCGAAUACCUUUGCCUGACUUCAGAACCUAUCUGGAGCGUUUAUGACGACACUGCACAGAGAUAUUCAUCCAAGGUCUAUGGCACUGAAUACGAGUUCGAACUUUACACGAACGGAGGAGCCCAGUUCUUUGGCAAGAAUCUUUUCAACCAUGACGCCCCUUGUGCAGUCUGUCACACGUCUCGACGAACCACCAUCAUGAUCCCUGGCAGGAACCAGUGUUACCCCGGGUGGACAAAGGAAUACUCUGGCUAUCUGGUGUCUACUUUGUCAGGGUAUUCAGGCUACUCAUCCCCUUCAAACUACGCAUGCUUAGAUUCUGACGCCGAGUUUGAAAGUGCAGACUAUGAAGACAAAGAUGGAAAGCUGAUGUACCUUGUCGAAUCCAUUUGUGGAUCCCUUCGAUGUCCACCGUAUGUAAAUUAUCGUGAAUUAACAUGUGUUGUGUGCAGCAAAUAAAUAUACAAUAAUUAA